AUGGCCGCCAAUGGCACCUCCCACCUUGCGCUGCCACAAGCUCACCAGGAUCUCAUGCAAAAGUCGUUGAUCGAGACCGACACUGAGAUUGCCGAUUUGAUGGCCAAGGAGAUCAAGCGUCAGCGUGAAUCCAUCCUCCUCAUCGCCAGCGAGAACGUCACCUCGCGCGCCGUCUACGAUGCCCUGGGCUCCCCGAUGAGCAACAAGUACAGCGAGGGAUACCCCGGUGCUCGCUACUACGGCGGCAACGAGAUCAUCGACMAGAUUGAGCUCACAUGCCAGGCUCGUGCCCUCAAAGCCUUCCGCCUCGACCCCGAGCGAUGGGGCGUCAACGUCCAGACUCUCAGUGGCUCGCCCGCCAACUUGCAGGUCUACCAAGCCAUCAUGCGUCCUCAUGAGCGUUUGAUGGGUCUGGAUCUCCCUCACGGUGGUCAUUUGUCUCACGGAUAUCAGACYCCCACCAAGAAGAUCUCCGCCGUCUCCACCUACUUUGAGACGUUCCCAUACCGUGUCAACCUCGAGACUGGCCUGAUCGACUACGACCAGCUCGAGCAGAAUGCCCUGAUGUACCGCCCGAAAGUCCUCGUCGCUGGUACCUCUGCAUACUGCCGUGAGAUUGACUACAAGAGAAUGCGGGAGAUUGCGGACAAGGUCGGCUGCUACCUCAUGAUGGAUAUGGCCCACAUCUCCGGUCUGGUCGCCGCAGGUGUCAACAAGUCUCCUUUUGAGUACUGCGACAUUGUCACCACCACCACUCACAAGUCUCUCCGUGGACCUCGUGGCGCCAUGAUCUUCUUCCGCAAGGGUGUCCGCAAGACCGAGACUCGUGCAGGAAAGAAGGUUGACGUCCUCUAUGAUUUGGAGGGACCCAUCAACUUCUCCGUCUUCCCCGGUCACCAGGGUGGUCCUCACAACCACACCAUCACCGCACUUGCAGUCGCUUUGAAGCAAGCUCAAACUCCCGAGUUCUUGCAAUACCAGCAGCAAGUCAUCAAGAACGCCAAGCAAUUGGAGCACUCGUUCAAGAAGAUGGGAUACCGCCUCGUCACCGACGGUACCGACAACCACAUGGUCCUUCUCGACCUGAAGCCACUCGGGCUGGAUGGUGCUCGUGUGGAGGCUGUUCUGGACCAGGUCAACAUUGCCUGCAACAAGAACACCACCCCCGGAGACAAGUCCGCCCUCACACCUUGCGGUAUCCGUAUCGGAGCACCCGCCAUGACAUCUCGCUCCAUGGGUGAGCAGGACUUUGCUAGAAUCGCCGACUACAUCGAUCAGUGCAUCAAGCUCGCCACCAAGGUGCAGGCCGAGCUUCCUGCCGAGGCCAACAAGCAAAAGGACUUCAAGGCCAAGGUCGCCGGUGGUGCCGAAUCCGUCCCUGAGUUGGGAGUGUUGAAGAAGGAGAUUGCCGCGUGGGCCGUCACCUUCCCUCUUCCCGUCUAA